AUGAGUCUGCUGUCGAGCUUCGCAAAGCUCUCGCUCCUCCAAACUCGGCCAAUCCAUCAGACCAUUCCGGCGGCUUCGUCAGUUUUCAUGAAAAGACAGAAGAAAAUUGACCCUGAGGUAUAAAAACAAUCUAUUCUAUUCAAAAACGUUGAAAAUAAUCCUUUCUAGGUGGCAAAACAACGUGAAACGCGCAGAAGAAAGCGAUUGGAGAAGGAAAUCCGACAGAUGCAGAAACAUUCGAAGAAACCGAAACCGGUCGACGAGUUGACGCUCGACGUGAAAUCUGCGAAGAAUAUUCAGUUAGUUUUGAGAUUAUAAUCUAAAAUAACAGCUAAACGCAACAAUUUUCCAGUGAACGUCGCCGGCCGCCAGUGGAAAUCGGAGUGGAGCUGAUCGACGAAAGAGCCAUUGCACUGAAAGUGAGUUUUGAAAGUGAGCCGCAAUUUUCACAAAAACCCGACCAAACACUUCGAUCGGUCUGAAACUGCAACACUUCACUGAUACUGCUACACUGAUACACUUGAAUCCAAGUUCAAAAAGCCUGCAAAGUUUUGGUCCAAUCGGAUUCUCGACCAUUGUCCACUGGAAAACUUAUAAAAACAUCACAAUUGUCAUAAAAAAUAAACUACUCUUCCCCACAAUGCAUCAGUUUCCCAUUAAAAUCUUUAUUUCCAGGAGUACACCCGUUCCCGUGACGCUCUGCAACGCCAAGAUGACGCGUGGAUCCGUGCGGUGAUCGAUUCGCAAAGAAAAGCUCUCGCCGAGCUCAAGAAGCUGUCUCCGGAGCUAUACGAGGCGGCCGUUCAGCCGGCGCACGGAGAUCUUCCCCUCGUCUACCAGGGACCGUCCCUGACGCCGCCCAUCAAAAACUACGAGGCUCCCGACGGAGACUAUAUUGAUACGACUAGAAAUUGGACUUCAUAA